AUGGCUGCCCAAGCCGCCGCCGCCGCCAUUCGUCUGACCGCCUCGGCGAACGAAUCCACCGCAAUUGAAGAAGCCGCUGCAAUUGUAAUCCAAUCCGUUUUCCGAUCUUAUCUGGCGAGAAAGGCUCUUUGCGCACUAAAAGGGUUGGUGAAAUUACAAGCGAUGGUGAGGGGCCACCUGGUCAGAAAACGAGCCACCGAAACUCUCCGGUGUAUGCAAGCUCUAGUGACGGCUCAGGCCAGAGCCCGAACCCAGAGGAUCAAAAUGGCCGAAGAUUCUAAGCCCACCGCCAAUCACUGGCACUCCGCCCACCGAAAAUCCUUCCAAGAAAAUCGCCUCCGUCAAUCCCAUCAAGAAAUCGACAGAGAAAUGGAAGAGAACAUAAAGAUCGUGGAGAUGGAUUUGGGUGGCCUGAAGAAUCGCAAUAGCUACAGCCAUUACGGGUACUCGAAUCAAGAAAGCUACCAUCUCUCGCCGGCGCCGUCGGCGCUGACGGACAUGAGCCCCAGGACUUACAGCGGCCAUUUCGAAGAUUACGGCUUUCAGAACAGCCCCCAAAUCCGGUGCUUCUCCACCGUGGAGAAACCGGACCCGAAUCGGCCACCGUUCGAAUUUCCCAGAUCGGAAUAUGCGGAAUCUUUGCCUUAUGGUUACCCACUUUUCCCCAAUUAUAUGGCGAAUACAGAGUCGUCGAAAGCCAAAGCGCGGUCGCAGAGUGCCCCCAAGGCGCGGCCGGAAUCGUUGGAGCGGCAGCCGAGCCGGCGGCGGGCGUCGGUGGAAGGGCGGAACAUUCCGAGGGCGGUGAGAAUGCAGCGGUCGUCUUCGCAUUUGAGCUCCGCCGCCGCGCAGAGCUACGCGUAUCCUCCAUGGCCGAUCAAGCUCGACAGGUCCACAGUUUCCGAGUGCGGAUCCACCUGCUCCGUCCUCACCAAUUCCAACUAUUGCCGAUCGGUCGCAGGACACGAAGUUCAUGGAAUCAGGUACUAACAAACUGCAUCAAAGCAACUGAUUUUUUUUUUUUAAACCAAGAAGAUGCUGAAAAUAAACUAGCCAAUUCCUGACCUUUCUUUUCAUAACUAUUUCCUUAUUGAGUGUGUGGGUGUUUCGUUUUAAUUCUCAGUGCCAUUCCCAUUGGACUGUAACUAUCAUUGUAAUGUUUUUGUAAGUUUAGUUUAAUUGGUUGUCCAUUUUGUUUAUAAGAUUGAGAGAUAUUGAUUUGUUAUUUAUA